AUGGACGUCUUCAGCAAGCCAAAGUUCUUUGCCAACAACGCCAAGGGCGAGAAUGCAGAGCUGGUUGUAGAGCUGAACAGUGAAUACCGCGACCGCCGCAAGGAUGCAGUCAAGCGUGUUAUUGCCAACAUGACUGUCGGCAAGGACGUCAGUGGACUCUUCCCUCAGGUCGUCAAGAAUAUGCAGACGGAGGAUUUGGAGAUGAAAAAACUUGUGUACCUCUACUUGAUGAACUAUGCAAAGUCCAACCCAGAUCUUGUCAUCUUGGCCGUUAACACAUUCGUGAAGGAUACGGAUCACGUCAACCCUUUGAUCCGCGCAUUGGCGAUCCGCACAAUGGGAUGUAUCCGCGUGGACAAGAUUCUGGAUCAUUUGUGUGAGCCAUUGAGAAAGUGCCUUCAGGACGAUAACCCAUACGUGCGCAAGACCGCCGCUCUGUGUGUCGCCAAGUUGUGGGAUCUGGAUCAGGAACGCGCUAUCGACAAUGGAUUCAUCAACACCCUUCAGGAUCUGAUCUCGGACUCGACCCCCAUGGUUGUUGCUAACGCGGUGAUCGCGUUGGCAGAGAUGCAGGAGUCGUCUGUCAACAAGGACGUGUUUGUGGUCAAUGUGGCCGUCAUGAACAAGAUGUUGGCUGCCUUGAACGAGUGCAACGAGUGGGGUCAGAUCGCCAUUUUGACAUCGCUUGCAGAGUACCGACCACUGGAUUCCAAGGAGGCUGAAAGCGUCUGUGAGAGGGUUGUUCCUCGUCUGCAGCACGCCAACGGAUCUGUCGUCCUGUCCGCUAUCCGCGUCCUUAUGAUCUUUUUGAGAUACAUCCGCAACGAUGAAUUCACCAAGGGACUGAUUAAGAAGAUGUCGCCACCACUUGUUUCAUUGUUGGCCUCAGCUCCAGAGGUCCAGUAUGUGUCUCUCAGGAACAUCAACUUGAUCUUGCAAAAGCGCCCCGAUAUUCUUCAGAACGACGUCCGCGUCUUUUUCUGCAAGUACAACGACCCUCCAUAUGUCAAACGGGAAAAGCUGGAGAUCAUCAUCCGUCUCUGCAACGACAAGAACGUCGACCAGAUUCUUUCUGAGCUUAAAGAGUAUGCUUCGGAGGUUGAUGUCGAAUUCGUCCGCAAGGCUAUCCGGGCAAUUGGAAGAUGUGCCAUUAUCAUUGACGAGGCGUCAGAGAGAUGUAUCAACGUUCUUUUGGACCUCAUCAACACCAAGGUCAACUAUGUUGUCCAGGAGGCUAUUAUCGUCAUCAAGGACAUUUUCCGCAAGUACCCACAACGCUACGAAGCAAUCAUCCCCACCCUCUGCCAAAAUCUAGACUCGCUGGAUGAGCCAGAGGCCAAGGGAUCAUUGAUCUGGAUCGUCGGAGAGUACGCCGAGAGGAUCGAGAACGCCGACGAAUUGAUCGAGAACUUUUUGGAGACUUUCCUGGAAGAGAACUCCCAGGUCCAACUGCAGCUGCUGACUGCCACAGUCAAGUUGUUCUUGAAGAAGCCAUCACAGUCGCAGGAGAUUGUCCACAGAGUCCUCCAGACUGCUACACAGGAGAUCGACAAUCCAGAUACCAGAGAUCGCGCAUACGUUUACUGGAGACUGUUGUCGACGGACCCCCAGGCAGCAAAGGCGGUCGUUUUGUCAGAGAAGCCACCCAUCUCUGUCGACUCGAGUGCCGACAAGCUUUCGCCUGCUCUGAUGGAUGAGCUUAUCAACAACAUUUCGACUCUGGCUUCUGUCUACCAUAAGCCUGCAAGCGCAUUCAUGGGCAACAAAGCCUUCAGCGCUGAUGCCGUGCGCAAGGCUGCCGUCGCAGACGCAAGGGACGAGGAGCAGAUCAUGGGCGAGGACACUGUCACAUCGCCUACAGCACCAGCAGCAAACGCACCCAAGAACGUCAUGGCCGACCUUUUGGAUCUGGACUUUGGAUCCUCCGAGUCCGUCGCUACCCCUGUCAUGUCGCCACCCACAAGCAACAAGAGUGGACCAAAUUACAGUGCCGAUCUGUUUGAUAUGUCGUCGGAUAUGUCAUCAGGAGGCGGAAGCGGCGUGUUCGGUGGCAUGGGCGGCAUGGGUAGUAUGAGUGAUAUGGGAGGAUUGAACAGUGGGUUCCAGCAGAACCAGAGCCAGAACACAGCAACGUCGCCUACCGCUUCGAGAAACGACGCGUUUGGCGACUUGGCUGGCUUAGGAGGCUUUGGACAGCCAGUACUAGCGGUAUCACAGCCAAAGCCGACCAGCAGCACGCAAUCAUCCACAGUGAAUGACCUGCUCGACUUCGAACCGGCAGCGCAGGCAGCAAUCAAUAUCGGACACGGCAACAUAGGACGCCAAGGGGAGGAUGGAGAGGUAGUGUCGGCAGAGGUCAAGACUGAACGACGACCUUUGAUCGCGGUCCCGAUCAUAGUCCAGGUCGGUCCGCAGGGGAAGAUUGUAGGAUCGGCGGCAGCGAGUGAAGGGGUUCGAUUUGAGCUUGAUCAUCAAGUUCCUCCACCGCCAUUUGAGCAAGAGGGCACAGGGAGCAGCAGCGGCAGCAAUAAAGUUCGACGUGCGGAUCCGAUGGCUGACCAGCCAGUGGCGCCAGCAGAGGCGGUAGCGGCGGAGAUUCCGACUUUGGUACCGGAAGAGGCUAAUGCUUUGAAGAAUGGCGCCGAGCUCCCAGUAGCGGCUGCACCUCCAACCCAAGACGAGGCAAAAUUGGCAGAACCAGCAAAUGUAGUUUCAUCAGACUCGAAACUAAAGGCGGAGACGAACCCAGCCACGACCUUAGAAACGACUCCAAGCACACAACCAAUCGCCCAGACAGAGGUUCACGCCGAACCAAACCAAGAGAACAAGGAGGCAGCACAGGCAGCGUUCAAGGAACCGGAGCUACAAACAAAUCAACCAGAGAAGAUCACGAGAGAAUCCCCUAUCAGUGCGCCUGCUGCAGACGCAUCCGAGAAAGCCGACCAACAACUAUCCACCCCAUCGGCACCAGUGAUCGAUUUCACACUCCUGGACAUGGACCCCAAUAUCCACGCGAUCCUGGAUGCUAGCGCCGAAGAAUUUGGAUCCCCACAGAAUUCUCCCCCCACGUACGCCGCUGUUAUUAGCCUCAAGGACACGGAAGCGAAUGGACCAGCUAAGGCUAAGGUUGAUGCUGAGGAGCAAAAGAAGAAGGAAGAAGCCACUGCCACCGCCGCACAAGCAGCAACAGAGUCGGAGGUUGUUGACGGGAAGGCCAAGGUCCUCUUCGAACAAUACCGAGCCAAGGUCGAGGCCGAGUUAGAGUCGUACAAGUCCAAGGUGUCGCCGAGCGACGGCGAGGAUGUGUCUGAGAUCGGAGACUUGUCGUCUCCCGGGGAAUCGAUCGUUCCGCCGCCUGCAGUGGAUUCCACGCUCGUGCAACCACUAUCACCUGUGACGGCCGAUAAGAGUCAAGAGAAGGAGAGAGUGGAGGAGAAGGUGAUUGUGUCGACGGAAGGAAAGCUGGUCAAGGUGAACAAGCUGAACAAGAACCACGAUGACUUUGAAGGGUCGCAGGAGACCAACUCGGGUGACGAUGUCGACUCCCGACCUCAGGUUUUGAUGCAUCAUCACCACCUCCAUGUCAGCGGAGGGUCUCGCAAGCAACAGCAGAUGCAGCAGCAACAGCAGCAAAAGCAGGAAUAUAGCGAUAGCAACAACAACGUCAUUGUUGCAAACGACGAUGGUCCACUAGUGUUUGGCUCUCCCGUCCUGGAAACCACCCCAGCCAUCCACCAAGUGCUGAGCCAAAUCGAUAACGACGACGGCGACGACGAUGAAGAUGAGGACGACAUUGACGUCGAAACGGUAACCCACCCACCUCCCCCUUCCUUCCCACCAACGGCCGUCCCUCCAGAGGAACUCCGUAACCGAGGCUUGGUCCCAUCAGUCAAGGGCGGCUACCACUGCACCCCUCAGCUCUGUGUCAACGUCUCUCUCACGGACGACGGCCAAUUUGCAACAUUCCACAUUGAGCGAUCGAUGGACGAAACAGGAUGGAUCUCCCUCGGAAUCGGAUACGCCAUGACCACGGCCGAUCUUCUUAUCAUGUGGCCCAACAAGGACCCGGCAAGCGGCGGCGGUCCUCGCGGUGCAACCCUAUCGCGUCGAAUAAGUCACGCCUAUGUCGAGCCCCAACUGGUCAGCCGUGAAGAGUCCGAGAUCAAGGCCUCGGGCAAGGGCGAAAGCCUCUACCCCGAGAAUGAAUACAUCCUCCACAACCCUUAUAAGAGCCACAACAGUGGAGAUGUCGCCACCGCCAUGAUAGCAGCAACCCAGGUCUUCCCUGCAGAAGGCAAUAGAUUCAUUGUCCAGUUCACCCGCCCCGUCCGGACCCAGAACCGCGCCUACAAGUUGACCCCAGGCAAGGAACAAGACUUUUGUUGGGCCUACUCUCCCAACCCAAUCUCUGCCGAUUCAAUCGCGGACCCGGGGGCGCAUAUCACACAGCACAUGUCAGUGGGAUCGUUUGCGAUGGAUGUCGGUGCAAACCAACCGCAGCUGAAGGAUGCAAUCUUGAAGCAGCAGGAGAUGGAUGCGAAGGAGGCUGUGAUUGAGAAGGAGCGCAAGAAGUGGGCGUUGGAGGAGAGUAACAGGAGACUGAAGGAGGAUGAGAGGGAGAGAACCAAGGACGAGAAGCACAGGGUUUCGGCAAAGCAUAAGGCUGGUAGUGGUAGUGGUUCGAAGACAAAGACGUCGGAUGCGUCGUCGCGGUCUUGGUUGCGGGUUGUUGGUUACGGUGGAGGAUCGUCGUCGUCGGUGAUUGCUCUGCAGGGGUUCUCAUGUCUGGUCGCCUUGGCAUUUAUGUGGUUUUUUCGUUAG